AUGGAUUUGCCAAUGACAGAAGAGAGGGAAAGAGGAGUGACAAUGGAUAUUGCUCGGACAACUUUUGAGACGGAACAUCGAAAGAUUGCUGUUUUGGAUGCGCCAGGCCAUAAGGAUUUCAUUCCGAAUAUGAUCACUGGCGCUGCUCAGGCAGAUGCUGGUAUCCUGGUCAUUAACGCAACACGUGGCGAAUUUGAAACUGGCUUUGAUCAGGGUGGUCAGACCAGGGAACAUGCAAUGCUUCUCAGAUCGUUGGGUAAUUUGCCUUUUUUUGGAAACGUUUCAUUAACAUUUUCCGCUCUUUGCUUCUGA